CUCAGGAGUCCUUCAAGAGGCAACUUGACCUAUUCUUAAGGACUAAGGACAGCAUCACACUAUGAUUUAACAAAUUUCUUUUCCUCUUUUAUUGUUAACAUACCUAGGUUCCUGCCUGGAAGAUUUGGUGAUCCCCUGCUACUAGACACGGAAGCCUGUUAGGCGAAAGCUUCUUCUAUUCCGUCCACAACCAUUUGAACCAUUUGAACCACUUGUUAUCUCUUCAAGGUCAACCCAAGGUCGUAUGUCGGCUGAAAACAACGCAGUAUCUGGCUUCGUUUGCCCUGAGUGUCUGGAGUCUUUCUCAAAUUCAGACUCACUUAUGGUGCAUUUCGAAUCGUCACAUGAAAGUCUGUCUAAUGAUAUUAAAAAAUCUCUUUCAAAAGAUAAUCGUAAUGAUGACUCUGAUAAGUUCAAUUCCUAUGAAAACUUGGUAGAAGAACUAUCUACGCAUAACUUAAAUCUAUUAAACCGAAUCUCAGACCUUGAAGCUGUUAUUCAUCUCUUUCUGAAUGAACCUCCUUUGGUAAAUCCUUUAACUAUAAAGGAUGAUGAACUGCGACAGAAAGUGAUCAGUUUUCUGGACUAUCAAACACAGUUAGUACAAAGUUAUUCAUCCACUAAGGUUAGUCUUGUUAAUCUAUAGCUGUUUUUGAAAGGGAGAGUGUGGAUAGAGGUUAAUAUUAUCUUUUAAAUCAUGAACUGAAAAUCUAGAAGCACUGGACAGCCGUUUUGCCAUAAUAUGGGAAUCCUUAGAAGUGCGCGUCCACGACCUUGCUCGUGAGAAUCGAACUCAGGACCCUUGGUCUCCGACACAGUAGCGUGGAGGCUAAGCGUUGGCGUGUGGGACUUAGGGUCCUGGGUUUAAUUCUCACAUGCGAGUUCGUGGAUACGCACUUCUGAGAAGUCACAUGCUAGGAUGAAACAGCCAUCAGUGCUUCUAGAUUUUCAAUAGUGGUCUAACUUAGAUCGGUUCGUGAUAUCAAUGAAAUUCAACGAUCUCCACAACCUGUUACCGAAAAUUGGAAUAUCUUGUUAGAACAUAAUUCCCGAUUCUCUUUUUUCUAGGUGAAACGGCUAUGUUGUGACUUACAAAAGAUGUUUUGUAGCUCAACUACUAAUGUUUGUUAGUGUCUUACUGUUUUAUGCCCUUUAAAUUCUCCAAUUAUCUGAAGUGCUUCAAGCAUUUUGCAUUGAAACUAUCAUAGUCUCUCUCUCUGAAUAUGUUUGUUUUUACGAAUUCGGCUAUGAAAAUUAAUUCAUACAAGUGGUUCAAAAUAAGGGCUAUCCAGCCUGAUAUUAGACUUAGCAUGAAUAUCUCAGUGUCAUUUAAUAUUCAAUUUCUCAAUAUCUUUGUUAUGAGCUUUUAAAAACCGAUAGGUUAUUGUUUCGGUACAGUUCCAGGUAUUUGGUAAUGUCCAGUGGGUGUUAGCCUAGUCACUCCGUUGCACUAAUUCUAAUCAGUUUGACGGUUAUUUUUGGAUUUGUUUAUCUUGUAAUUUGAGUAAGUGCAUUUGUUCCAUUGUAGUAGCGUUUCUGGAUACCAGGAGUAAUCACAUUAUGGGAUUUAAAGUUAGUUGGUUUCAAUGUAAAAAUAAUAAAGUGAUUAUUCCAGUGCUAAUGGAAGACGAUUGCUUCAAGAAUAAAAAAAGUUAAUUUAUUGGUAUUGCAGACAGUGUGAGAAGACGGAAUUGAAAGAAUAAGAGGGUAGGCGGAGAUGAUACAAAGAGAGGUAGGAAGUAGUUACCAAUAUGCGGUAAUGAAAACGUAGUAAUUUAUGAGACAUGCAUGAGACAACUUGUCCAAGAAGGAGAUUAUAAUCCAUGAGUGAGUACGUGUUUGUCAAGUCUCCUCUUAAAGCUUUUAUUUGAGGAGGCUGUGGUCACUUCGGCUGAGAGAACAUUUUAGAUGGGGCAGGUCUAAAUGAGAAAAGGUGAGGGCUUACCCGGGUGUCCACUCUUUGUACUCGAUAUAUCUGGCUUUACAAUAGGUACAAAAUCUCUAUUUAGUUACUACAUUGUACCAUCAAUCGUGUUUUCUAUUUUAUGCCACACAGCUAUAACACUUAUUUCCACAGCACAGCUACUGUAUGAUUAUUUAUAUCAAUUACAAGACCGCAACGCAUCGUAGUUAAAAAUUUCAGGUAAAUUAUUGGUCAAAUGUUAUCCAUAAACAAUGAGAGAUAUAUUAACGGUUAGUGAGUUAGAUGAAAGCUUACAAUUAAGACAAUAUUAAGAUAACGCAAACCAAUUACUUAUUGAAUAUAUAUAUAACCAAAGCAUUUGAUCUGUGUCCAUGAUUGUUGGCCUACUCGAGUUGGAUGGGAAUAGUGUGAUCUCCUAGCUUACUUAGAAGUCACACCUAGCUGUUAAUACUUAACGUGGAUUACGCUAUCGUGAUAAUCAGGUAGAUUGGCUUUCUAAUUGUCUGGCUAGGAUAAAUAAUUUCAUUAGGCAACUGCAUUUAUUUGUUUCAAAAAGUUACAGAAGUACAAUGAGUAACCACUACCAAAAGUGCCUGUCCAUGACUUGCAAUUGAUUGUCCUUGGGUCUGACUAGAAUCGGGAAAAUUUUUGACAUUCAGUAGUUUACCUGCUGGAUGAUUUGGUUAGGGCUCAGUGACAUUACUCCAGCCCUAUAUAUAUACCGAAGGCGAGUUUUCAAAGUUUUGUCUCUUACAAUUUUUCCCCUUUUUUCAACACGAAUCAUUCCACAAAACUUAGUAUAUGUGACUCGUUUAAGUAAGACCUUGUUAAGAAAGAGAUUAACAUUAAAACGGUUAUUGUUUAUUGUUCUUUACCUGUGGCGAUAGAUUUUGAGAAUAUGAUCAUAAAUAUUUAAAAAAUGGUGAUUGGUUAUCGAAAUGUGUGCUCAAUAUAUCUAGGUGAAUUCUUUGCACCGCUCCCAAGAAGUAUACAAAAAUAUAACAUGUUUCCGAAUAAAUUAUCGUUAGCUGUGAUCACAUUCAAAAUUAGAUCUAAACUGGCGAUUGUGUAAUACCUAGCAUUCAUUGUUAUUAAAAACUGAAUCAUCGCACAAGUUAUUGGCCUUGAUAUUCGUUAUAUCUAGAACUUGGAUUUUUGAUAUACCGCAUACAAUUUUAGCAUUCGAACGCUAGAACCCUCCAAGUCGCAAGUCAGGAGACAGAAGACGAGUGGGAAGGAACCUUAUUCCAAACACUGUUAAAUAUGGUACAAACCACUCAGGUAUUUAUAGAUUUUGAUAAUAACGAAUUCAUCAUUAUAGCCAUCCAAUCUUCAUUCAGUGGUUUUUCUCAUUUGUCCAAUCGGCAAGCUACGCAUCGAGAUUAUGGAAUAUUCUUCCAAACGAUGAUUGCAUGGAAUGUCCUCGACUCUUUCAACAAUACUACACGAUUAUGCCAUUUUCAAAAUAAUUGAUAUUUGCCGAGAUAUUUGGGAAGUGGAAGCUGGAAAUUGUUGAUUACUGUAGGAGGAGGCUGUGAAUAAUAAAUUCAAACCACAGCUGUUUUAAUAUUAUCCGUAAUAAGAAAAAAUAAGGCGAACAAAAUAAUACUGGCUUUAUUAUUACCAGUAUUGCUGCUAUUUUUAUUAUUAUUAAUAAUAUUUCAGUCUUGAAACAACAGGCUCACAAAUCAGAAAAGCUUUAUUUGUUAUCUUCAGCAUAAGUACAUGAUGCAUCCAAGUUUCAUCAUUUGUUUUCCAUAUUUCAGCCAGCUGAAGAAGAUCUAAAGGAGAAGGAUGAAACAAUUGAUUUGUUAAAAAAACAACUAGAUGAACUCCAAACCAAAGUGAAUUAUAUCAAUUUUUAAUGCAUUAACAUGAUGUAUUCAUUUUUGUUCUGUUCAAUUAUAGGAAGAGAUUAUGAAGACAAAUGUAAGCACUUACACUUAUAUUGACACUAGAAGUGUUCAAUCACAAUAUGUUUCAGAGGGAUUAACAGAGAACAACCUACCUGGAAAUACAACAAAUCUGUUGACUGAGGAUAGUUUGUCAUUAGAAGAAAAAUUGAAAUCUCUCUCAUCUGAAAAUAAUUCUUUAAAAACAGAAUUAUCAUCAGUGAAACAUGAAUUGAAUAAUAUCACUAUUAAAUUCAAUGAAUUUAAUGAUUCUAAAAAAGCUGAACUAAAUAAAUAUGAAACUGAAUUAACAAAUCGUUCUACUCAAUUAUCAAUUCUUGAAAGACAAUUAAAAGAGUUAAAAUUAAUGAAUAAAAAACUUACUGAAGAUUCAUCUAUACUUAUCCAUUCAAACGAGAAUAUACAAUCUGAAUUGAAAACAAUUAAAAGUGAAUUAGAUAUUCAACAAAAACAAUAUGGAAAUAAUAUUAAUCGACUAACUGAUGAAUUGACCGAAUCAAAAAAUUUAAAUUCUACUCUUCAAGCAAAAUGUCAUCAACUUCAAAUUGAAGCUGAUGAUGCUGUAAAAUCAAAUCAAAUCUGUCAAGAGAAAUUAAUUAGUUUAGAGAAGAAUCUUGAAAGUAUUCGUUCAGAGUCACAAACCGAAUCAAAAUUAUCCAAGAAAGAAAUUGAUUCUCUCAUGGAAAAAUUAAUUAAAGCUGAAGAUGCAAGUUCAAAUCUUCGAAAUGAAUUAAAUUCUAAAUUGAAAGAACUUAAAGAAUUACAAAUAGCUGUUGUUGAAUUAGGUAGAGAAAAUCAAAUACUUCAGGUAAUAUUAAUAAUUUUAAUAGUUGAGAUCAUAAGUUCAUUGAAGCUAGACCACCAUGGAAAACCUGAAAGCACUUGAUGGCUGUUUCAAUCUAGUAUGGGACUCCUCAGCAGUGCUCAUCAACCAUCUCACACACAAGACUAGAACCCAGGACCCUCGGUCUUACGCGUGAACAUUUGACCUAUAGACCACUGAAUCGGCAUACGACGGUGUUAGUGUUUCGUCCUAUUGUGAGACUCCUCAGCACUGCGCAUUCACGAUCCCGCCUCGCCAGACUCGGACUCAGGAUCUAUCAGUCUAGAGCACGAACACUUAACCUCUAGACCACUGAGCUGGUCGGCAUCCAACAGUGUUAAUGUCUAACUUCAAUCAAUCCACGAAGUUGUGCCACCGUCCAUCAUUGUCAUCAGUGAGUUACUAUUUCAUAACAGACCCGGUUGAACUCCACUGGUCAUAGCUUCUCACUAGAACUCCAGCAAAUACCUAUUGAAGCCAGUCACUAGUGAUCAUAUGUUGAUUAAUAUCAGAAGGAGUUCAAUUGACUCAUGAUCUCAACUAUUAAAAUUACUAUAAUAUUCACAAAAAACCCUUCUAUUAAUAAUAAUAAUAAUUCAAACUAUUACUUCUAAACUUCACUAGGUUUUACGCGAUCGUUUAACUAAUCGCCAAUGGACUAAAGAUGAUGAAGCUUUAACAUGUUUCGGUUGUGAUCGUGAAUUCUCUAUCAGUACACGAAGGGUAUGAUUUUUUUUUUUCAUUUGUUCUAGCUAAUAUAAACAAUAUGGUUUCUCAUUGUUUUAAUCAUUAAUUGUAGUACGUAUUCUCCGAUUACUCUUUAAUUGAACUAAUUUAUAUGUGUAUAAUGAGUUUUACUACUGAAUAAAGUUUACUGAUUUAUUAAGUGGCGUUAGAUGAAUGGAUGCAUUAUACUUAAGUUUCUUACUCGUUGAUACUUGUCAGCAAGGCAUAUCUGUAAUCUCGAAGAAACUGAUACUUCGUGUAAAAAUUAGACCGAUGUGGUGCUAGAUUCAAAAAUGUUACUACUGAAGUAUUUGGGUUGGACAGCAUUCCCACUGUUGAAGGACAUAUAAAGCUCAAAAUAAUUAUCUGUCAGACAAUAUCAAAGUUAGAAUCUUCAAUACGAUCAUCAAAAGAGUUCUACUGUACGGAGCUGAAACUUCGAGAACUACAACCACCAUCAAAAAGCACGAAUAUUUAUAAACAGUUGUCUACUCAAGAUACUCAAUGUCCGUUGAUCGGAUACCAUCAGCAACGACCUACUGUGGCAGAGAACAAAUCAACUUUCAAUUGAAGAGGAAAUUAGAAAAAGACGCUGGAAGUGGACAGGACACAUAUUGCAGAAAUCAUUGAACUGAAUCACGAGGCAAGCCCUAACUUGGAAUCCUGAAUAGAAACGGAAAAUAGGAAGUCUAAAGAACACACUGUUUAGGGAAUUGGAAGCAGAUAUGAAACGGAUGAAUAGCAACUGGAAAAACCUGGGAAAGAUAGCCCAAGACAUAGUUGGAUGGAGAAUGCUGGUGGGAAGUCUAUAAUCCUCCAUGAGGGAUAAGAAGCGUAAGUAAGUGACGUUCUUCAGGACAAUAACCAGUUCAGAUAACUCGAUAUCAUGUACACUGUGUUUUUAGUUUGAUAGACCACCGUUGUAAAAGCAUCUUUUUCCGUAUUUUCUGACUCCUUACAAAUUAAGUAUUUAAUGGCCAGGAAUUUGCUAAUUGUUCUAUAUUUUAUGAUGAAAUCUUCCAAUGUAGACUAACAUAUCGUAUUAAAUGAAGUGUGUACAUUAACUGAAGCAGUGACUUAGAGGCUAAAUCGCUCGACCUUCCAUCAAUGUUUCUGAAGUUUGAGUUUUGCUCCGCCCUUCACUCGGUUUGAUCAGCUGGAUAGUAUCACAAGCUCUUAUAGAUACAAUGUUAGCUUAAAGCACAGCCCAUGAAUCUAUACCUGAUAAUGGAGUCACUAAUUGUUAUUCGAAUUGAAUGAAAUAUUGUUUUUCUGAAGAUUGUAAAUGCUUUCGUUCUUUCAUUUGGAUCAACUUGUUGACGUGAGAAUUGAUAAACUGAUCAAUAAACUCAUUUAUCUUAACUGGUAAAUGGGCAUUUUUUAGUUCUCCUUACACUUUCAUCAGCACAACUAACUUGUCUAUUAUUAAACCACAUCUUAUAAUUCGUACCCCACAAUCAUUCAUCUUGGAAAUAAACUUUCAUUUCUAUAAACCACCAAAUUCUUUCUUUGAUGUGAUUUGAUGUCUGUCAUAUACUGAAUUUGAUUUUCACAUUCCGUUACUUAUUAUGACUGAUCUUGUUUAGUUAGAAUGAAAUUUCGAUACAAUAUAUCGGCCAUAAGACUUAUAUUUUUGAAUAUGUGUCUAGUUCAUGGUUUAUAAUAGUUUAAACUUGUGAGUGCUAAUGAAUAGUUCAGGAGUCUAUCAGUUACUAUAAAGGGUUGUAAUUUCUGUAUAUUGAACUUCAUCUCAGUGUAUCUAAAGAUUCUCUUUCCCGAAUUAACUUGGUUAAUCAGUUGAUGAGGUUGUGAAUUUUCAUCAACUGAGGUGGUUAGGUCACGUGUUACGUAUUCUUGAACUCCGAUCACCACUACGCGCAAUGCUGACUAGUGUUGGGGGGAUGGCUGGAAGAAAUUUAGGGGCAGCCAAAUCAAAACGUGGCAUCAGCGCUUGAAGUCACUAACUUCAGUCUUAGCCAUGAUGGUAGAUGCAGACUACUUGGUUUGGGUCCGCGUGACUGUCGUAACCAAUGGUUGGAGACUCUGGGUGACAUGGCUCAGAAUCGGUCGCUAUGACGUAGGUGUAUACACUCUCCCUCUUCUCUUAAACUAUGAGAUUAAAAUCGUUUCAUAUCUUUCUUUCUACGAAGUAAUUCUUUCUUCCUGUACUAAUUCCUUAUGUGCAAUCUUUCUUUUAUAUAUUACCACCACUGAAUUAACUACUUUUAUCAAUCCGAUGUUCAUCUUGUUGUGUUAAUGAGGUAUGGCAACUUGGACCGAUGCAUAUAUGUGCCUGGUCCUAGGUCGUAGCUGACUGACUGACUUAACUUUCUGACUAGUAAUUAAUAUGUCAUAAACUUCUUUGUCUUCCGUCGUUUGAUUAAUUUUGUAUCUAGUAACACGGAUAUUUUUAAAAUUCAGUUUCCCUACAAACAUAUCCAUGUCAUAUUAAAUAAUUUGAUUCUUUGUUUUAAAUGAAAUGCUGUAAAUAUGAUACUACAGUGUAAAGACCGAAAAAUCUAAUAUUACUUGAUGUCAUUUCAAAAUUCAAUUAAUGUUAGAGAUAUACUUUUAGUUUUUGUAUAUUGAAGUCCAGGUUUGUGAUGAUCGACCAAUUCAUUUCAGUCAAAAUCACACUCUUCUUAGCGAUUGACCCAAUCAGUUGGGUUACAGCGAAAAGAUAAAGAAUAUUUAGAAAACUUUACUGUGAUGGCCGAGUGAAUAUAUUUAUAGAUCAUCCACAUAAAUCCAUACUGUUAGCAUGAACCAGAUGAAGCUAGGUAAAAUAAUUCAUUUAGCUAUAAAGGUUUGUCUAUACCGUAUGGCCUUGAAACAGUACUCAAUCGGUCUGGAAUCAUGCGGCUUAUCAGAAUGUCAGUAAUUCUGGUUUGUGGCUCAAUUACAUAGACUACUUGCACAACGGGUUUUGACAGAAUGCUUGGACUAAACAUACAAUACGUGAAUUUCGCCUUGCAUAUAUUUGUAUUUUAUAUCCUUACACGUUUUGUCCCCGACAAGAACCAGACACAGGUUACAGUGCGAUUCUCAUGGACAUUUCCAUCCUACUCGGGAGUUUGGCAUAUAAGUUACACCGUUUUAAGUUCAUUUGAUAAAAAUUAAAUUAAUGUGCUUUCCCAAAAUUCCUUAUUUUUGUUCGGAUUUUGUUUUUCUGUGAAACUUUAAGUUAUCAAAAGCUUGCUUUAUCUAGAAAUUUUUAUGUCGUUUCAUUAUAAGACCCACCACCCUUAAAAUAACCAACCCAAUGGGUUGGAAAACCCGGAUUUCAACUCAAUGGUGCACAUUGGGUUCAUGUUCGUGAAGGAACAAACGGCGUAUGAACCUAUGAUUGGUCACCAGGUACCAUGGAACCGCAUCAACUAACGUUGCCCCAUUGCCUUGCAGAUUAGACUUUUUGGUCAAAUUCUCUGGGACUUGCCCUCUAAGAAAACUAGCUGCUUCAGUUUUGGCACCCGGGAAGUAUCCUAACCCACGUAUGAAUUCAGUGAAUUGCGUUGCGCAUACAUAUUUUGAUGACCUUUACAUUAUUGUUUAUGUGUUUAAAUAAAUAAAGUGACUGAUUUUUACAUUCAUGACUUUAACAUUUAAUCAAGUGUAUCGAUUUGUGAACAGUUUAGUUUCGAUUUUUGGUAAUUCUUAUUCAACCUUGAUCGUUAGUACAUGUUUGGAAUAUUACAAUUUAUUUGUUAUUCAUACUUUGGUUUCUGUCAAUAAUGGUCGCCCAAAAUCGUGGAUUUAUUGAGUCAGACAUUAACGCCGUUGGAUGUAGACUCAUUGAUUUAGAGAUUACGCGACCAUACGCGAGACCGAAGGUCCUGGGUUUGAUUACCGCGUGUGAAAUAGUAGAUGUACUUUAUUGAAGAGUACUAUACAGUUGUUUCGUUAGUUCUAGGUUUUCAGUCCUGGUCACACUUAGAUCAGUUCAUAAUUUCAAUGAAAUCCAACCAGCUCUACAAUCUUAUACUAAAAAUAACCGAUGUCUUGAAGGUUCGUAUUAAGUAAGUAAAACUCUCUAUUAUAUUUCAUGUAUCUAAAGUGAUGUUGACACACUUUAAUCCAGUGUAUUUUUAAUACUUACUUGAUAAGUAAUUACGAAUGAUGACACCCAUUUUCUUUUUCCAUAUAUAGCAUCAUUGUAGAAAUUGUGGCGGUAUAUUUUGCCAAAACUGUUCUUCUAAUCGGGCUUCUACAACGUUUAGUAAAGAUCCAGUUCGUGUGUGCCAAAUGUGUUAUGAAGAGUUAACUAGUAAUGCUAUCAAUUAAUCAGUCAUGGAUAUUGACUAUCUAAGAAGCUAAAUGAGUAAAUUAUUUGUAUAUAUAUAUAUAAGUGAUUUUUUCCUAAUAAGCUUACUAUUCCUUCUAUAUAUAAAUGGCUUUGUGUGCAUUUUGCCGUUACGUUCUAUGUUAUUAAAACGCACUUUUGAUUUUCGUGUCAUUUACAUUUUUUUGCAUUACGAAUACUAUUACUCAUUUCUGUUUAUUUUACAAAUCUCGUGGCUGACUUUAUGUAUACUUUCACACUUAAUCAACCAAAUAUUUCUCUCAUUGUAGUCUGUGUUUUCGAUAUAUUGAAAAUGGUUCGUGAUUUCUAGUAAUUCGUUUGUCGUUAUUUGUAUUCAUCGUAUUCGCUGGUCUCCACUCUUCCUGUUAAGGGAGGAUGAAAUGUGGGUCUUAUUCGGGCUGUAAAUGUGUCAAGAUAAUAAC